CCAUCUCCUACAUAAAUUUUUCCAAUAACUCAUUCUCAGGUUCUAUCACUCAAAUGAUAACAGAGAACUUUCCGGCUAUGUCACAUAAUGCAUAUUUGAAGCUCCUGCUGCUCUCAAUGAACAAAUUAAAUGGCACUCUUCCCCUCUCGUUGUGUCAAAUACAGGGACUACAAGUUCUUGAUAUCUCGAAAAACAAUUUAUCCGGUGAGCUACCAGAUUGCUUGUGGAAUUCGUCUGCUCUGUGGAUUUUGAAUUUGUCAAACAACAAUUUGACCGGAGCUAUACCAGAUUCAAUAUCUUAUCUUCCUCAACUAGCUCAACUUCGCUUGAGCCAUAACAAAUUGUCUGGGGAAAUUCCUGCCAUACUGAAGAAUUGCAGUCAACUUGAGGUUCUUGAUCUCGGUUACAACAACUUUGCUGGAAGUAUACCAAUUUGGGUUGGAGAAAGCUUAUCAAGAUUGGUUAUUCUCAUCUUAAGAGCAAAUACCUUUAGUGAUCACAUCCCACAGGAAAUUCCUCAACUAAAGUAUCUACAAAUCCUUGAUUUGUCACGCAAUAAUUUUUCAGGUCCCAUCCCUGUGAGUUUUGGAAACCUCAGUGCCAUGCAAAGCCUUUUCAAUUCUGAUCUUUUAUGGUAUGGUAUUUUAGGAGUCCAAGAUACAAUAAUGGUGGCAUCCAACGGGAAAGAAAAGGAAUAUUCCCAGCGUCUUCUUCCAUAUGUGAAAAUCAUGGACCUCUCCAACAAUGUGUUGACAGGGGGCAUCCCUGAAGAGAUUGCAAGUUUGUUUGGUCUACAGAGUUUGCACCUCUCUGAAAACCAAUUAGAUGGUGAGAUCCCAGAUAAGUUGGGUCAGUUACAACAACUUGAAUCACUAGAUUUGUCAAGAAACAAACUCUUUGGGAGCAUACCUUCAACCUUUUCAAACUUGACAUCCUUGAGCGACUUCAAUGUAUCUUAUAACGACUUGUCAGGGAAAAUACCAUCAGGCAACCAGUUCAACACCUUCACAGACCCUUCCAUUUAUACUGGUAAUCAUCUUUGUGGAUUCCCUUUAACUGACAAUUGUACUAAAGGUGGCGGACCAAUUCAGGAAAAGCCAAGUAAUGGAAAUGAAGAUGAUGAUGGUGAGAUAGUAUGGAUGUACAUUGGAUUCUUGUCAGGAUUUGCGGUUGGAUUCUGGACCAUCUGGGGUGUCUUGAUCUUCAAAAACAAGUGGAGAUAUGCCUACUUUAGGUACACAGACACAACUUGUGAGAAUAUCCAUGCCUGGGUUGUUGUCAGCUUUGCGAGGAUGAAGAGCAAGAUCAUGUCAAAGUCAAACCACUAGAGAUGUCUGUCAUCAUGUGUGUACUUUUCUAAUAUAAGUACAGUCUGGUGUUGUAUAAUAUCUGCUGUAAUAUUUAAUAACACAUAUCCAUAUCACAGCUGCUGUAUUUUGAACCAUGUUCAU